GUCUCCGGGGGUCAGGUAUGCGUACCGUCUGAGCAGCAACGAGUCGAGACUCUUGGAUCAGUGAUGGAGGCCCUGCAGGUCACCGACGCUUCCUUAACGCCAGUCGUUGUUAAUCAGCUCCAAGCCAGUCAGGUGCCUCAUCUUCGGCAUCUUUAUAUCGGAGGCGAGGCUCCUUCGCAAAGCAUCAUCGACAGCUGGGCUGAUCACGUCCGACUCAGCAACAUUUACGGGACAAGUGAAACUGGCAUAUGGGAUACGUUUCGGCUUGAGAUCUCCCGCAGCGAUAACGCGAAGAACAUCGGUCGGGGGAUCGAUGCCAAUUGCUGGGUCGUCAAUCCAAGCGAUGUCAGCAAGUUACAGCCGGUCGGUGUGAAGGGCGAGUUGCUUAUUCAGACCCCGUUCCUGGGGAGAGGAUAUCUAGGCGAUAAUGCGACAAGCGCAAAUGCGUUCCUACCGGCUCCCAACUUCGCCUCGCUGGUAGGAGGCGACAUCAGCCUUCGAUGUUACAGGACUGGAGAUCUAGCCCGGUACGAGCAAGAUGGGAGUAUUACAUACUGUGGGCGUGAAAGUGGUUUUAUCAAGAUCCGGGGAUUUCGAGUCGAUCUUGGGGAAGUUGAGAUAGCGGUGAACUCGUGUCUUGAUCAUAGACGUGCAGCCGUGAUAGCAGCAGGGGUGAAGGACCGGCGUGACGCUCUGGAGAUAAUUGCAUGUGUGGAAGUGGGCAACAUCAAUGCUAGGUCAGUGUCUGCUAGCGAGCUAAGCGAAAGAUUACGAUCAAGACUGCCACGCUACAUGGUGCCGACGGUAUACAUUCCCUUGCCAGAGCUACCCUGCAAUCAGUCCAAAAAGAUCGAUCGGCCUCAGCUGCGAUCACUGUUCACGCAGCUCAGUCCCACUGGGCUUGUGGCACUGAGACCUGGUGGCAAGACACUUCACCAAUGGCCGAAGAUUGACCAUAGGCGUGCGAUGGCUCUUGAGAUUAGCAAAAGCAUCUCGGAUCUAGUCAUCGGUUCACAGGACUCGAGCUCAGAGACCCUUCAAGGUCUUGACUUUAGCCUCUCCAGUGUGGGCUUGAAUUCGAUGCAGCUGGUAUAUCUAGCUAAUUGGAUCCAUCAGUGUUGGCAGAGAAGUGUUAGUGUGCAGACAUUGCUACAGCCCGGUAUCACUGUAUGUCAGCUGGAAGAGCACCUGCUCCAGGAUCUUGGGAGCACGGAAGGCGCACCGCAGAGGGACAUCCUUCUGGAACUCGACAAUCUGAUGCAGAGCGCCCAAUUUCCCAGUCUGAAUAUUCGUGGACGGACAAUUUUCCUGACAUCGAUGACCGGCUUUCUCGGUACUCAGAUUUUGCGAUUUCUUUUGAGUAAUCCAGAAGUCGAUCGCAUAGUUGGACUAGUGCGCGCAGACAGUGAGACUGAUGCAAGGGAAAAGAUUCAUGCACAGGCAACAGCUGGCGGCUGGUGGAAAGGAGAAUUUGAUUCCCGAAUUAUUGUCUGGCUGGGUGACCUAAAAAAGCCAAAGCUGGGCCUGAAUCAGAGCAAUUGGGAUUGUCUGCGUGGGAGGGCUCCGGAGCUACAUAUCGAUGGUAUCAUUCAUGACGGGGCACGCGCCAAUUGGCUGGAAGGUUACAACAGACUGAAGGCUGUCAAUGUCGACAGUACCAUCACUCUUCUGCAAGCUUAUUCCUGUAGGCCGGUGCCUUGUCCAUUCACAUACGUGUCAGGGGGAUAUCUCCCACUCCCCACAGAUACGAGUGAUCAAAUCGGAGAGAAGCUCUCCACAGCGAGCGGAUAUGACCAAACAAAAUACCUUUCGCGUUUAAUUAUCGAAGAGUAUAACAGCCGCCUCGAGUCGAGGGAUUCCCUUGAGUGGCCUCGAAUUACGAUUGUCCAGCCGGGUUUCAUCGUCGGCACACGGUGGGAGGGCAUCGCCCACGCGGAGGACUUCCUCUGGCGCCUGGCCUACUGCAUUGUAUCACUCGGCGCUGUGAGCGAAGAUUCGAAGAAAUUGUGGAUUCCCGUUGCUGGGGCUGAUCAGAUCGCAUCUAUCGUCAUUGCAGGAAUGUUCCUUCAGAACCCGGAAAAUGUUGUCGAUUGCCGACAGGGCAUCACCGUGCAUGAGUUUUGCGACAUUCUAAGUGACCAGACUGGCUUUCAAAUUAGCACACAAAAUCAUCAACGGUGGCUCGCAUCUUUACGGGAGCAAGUUGACCAGAAUCCCUUGGAUCAUCCCUUUACACCUUUGCUCCAGUGGGUUGGCACCAAUGACUGGCAAUUGACCCCGGCCCCGCCGAAUCAAAGCAACGAUGGCUUAUACCGGCGAGACACCGUAAUGGCUCUAGAGAAGAAUGUGCAAUAUCUGAUGGGUAUUGGAUUUUUGCCUUGCCGAGAGAGACGCACAGUCGUGGGGGAUGGAAUGAGCCGAGCCGUAUUCCGACGAUCGAAGGAUUAGAGAUGAUAGACAGACAGAUAGAUAGAAUGUCAAUAAAGAGAAGUUGAAAAGAGAGA